AGAGCUGGUCUAGUGGGAGGAGCCCGCCGCACCAUGGCUGCUACCAGCAACCAGAAUUUAUUCGGAAGGAACCUAUCUUGGGUUUUGUAUACACGAUUUAAUAUGGAUUUCAAAUCGUACUGGACGUUUGUGUUCAUUAUCGUUGCUUUAAGCCAAUCAUUUGCCAACGACGACGAUCAUCAUGAAAUGGAAGAGUUCCUGAAGAGGGAAUAUUCGCUAUCGAAGCCUUAUCAAGGUGUUGGCUCCUCAGGCUCCUCCCACUGGGAGUUGAUGGGUGAUUCCAUGGUAACCACAGAGCAGGUGCGCCUCACCUCAGACAUGCAAAGCAGACAGGGGGCAGUGUGGAGCCGAAUCCCAUGCCAUCUGAAAGACUGGGAAAUGCAGGUGCAUUUUAAAAUCCAUGGCCAAGGCAAGAAGAACCUGAAUGGAGAUGGGAUGGCUAUUUGGUACACCAAAGAACGGAUGCAGAAAGGUCCUGUCUUUGGAAAUAAAGAUAACUUCACUGGCCUGGGUGUGUUUGUGGAUACUUAUCCAAACGAAGAGAAGCAGCUGGAGGCACAGAAGAAGAGAUACAGUCCUCGCACACAGAGGAUCUUUCCCUUCGUGCUGGCCAUGGUCGGGAAUGGCAGUGUGGGCUACGACCAUGAGAGGGACGGUCGGCCCACUGAGCUGGGGGGCUGCAACGCCAUGGUGCGGAACCUCAAACAUGACACCUUCCUUUUCAUCCGCUACAUCCGCCGCAGACUCACGGUCAUGAUAGACAUCGAUGGGCAGCAUGAGUGGAGGGACUGCCUGGACGUCCCGGGGGUCAAACUUCCUAAAGGCUACUACUUCGGAGCCUCAUCUAUCACCGGAGACCUCUCAGACAAUCACGACGUGUUGUCACUGAAACUCUACCAACUGACGGUGUUGCGGAGUAAAAAGGAGGAGGAGGAAGAGGCGGAGGAGAUCACCAUACCCAGUGUGGACAACCUGGAGCAGAUCCUGAGGGGGGAGAUGGAGGAAGGGAUGAGCGGGGUGGCCAUCUUCUUCACGGUGCUGUUCUGUAUGCUGGGCUUCUUCAUGCUGGUCGUGGUGGGCCUGGUGGUCUACAGCCACUGGAACGAGAACCGGCGCAAGCGCUUCUACUGAGAUGAGGGUCAGACGACAAGCGCUUCUACUGAGAGGAGGGUCAGACGACAGGCGCUUCUACUGAGAGGAGGCUCCACAUGACGACAGGCGCUUCUGUUUGCUACUGUUCACCCAAGCGAUAACCUGGACAUUGCAAACUUGAUGACACUAAGACGUUUCUUUUUUGCCCCGUUUGAAAUAUUUUAAUAUGUUUGCUAUCCCAAGGAAACACUCUGGUUGACAGAUGAGAUGAAACGGUUGCAGCACAACGUUCAAUAAUCCCCCUUCAGGCAUCAUGUUAGUUACAUAAUUGUGUAAGAGGCCUGAAUACCCUCUGUUGUUUCAUGUAUGCACCAUUUAGGCCUUACAAUUUCUAAUACUGGCCAUACAAUUUAUAGAAUAUUUAUUUAUGCAAGUUUAUAAGAACCUGUAUUUAUUUCCAUAUGUGAACAGCUGUUUUUUUUUUAUUUUGCUGAUAUUUGUUUGAGCAAAUGCAUAGAGAGAGGAAUAAUGGAACAAGGGAGUAUUGAGUUCAAAAUUCUUGAACAUAUGUACUUAGAGAUGUUUCAUGUAUUGAGUAUGAUCAGUGGUCGCCUUGUUGCAGAGCACAUGGAAACGGAAUUGUGUUUUAUGUUAAGUUGCUGGAGUUUUUAUUUAAUUUAUUGUGUUAUUUAUUUAUUCAACCACAAAUGAUCACAAGCACUGAAGGAAAAUUUCAAAUUACCAGAACCACUAUAACUUCUGAUGAGCCCCCAAGCCCUGAGAGGUAACUUGUUCAUUUUGAGGAUGUCUUAAGAUUCGGUUAUUGGUCUGGUUCGGACUGAAGCCCAAUGCAGGGUAGCGUCCUUAUCUUGUUAACACAUUCAAUACCCAAACGAACUUCAUGACAAUUACUUUAUUACACAGUUUAGUCUUUUCUUUAUUUUUCACAUGCAUCUUAUCUACUGUGGUUGAGUACACUGGAUUCUGCCUUCGAUGCAUUAUGUGAUUCAAUGGAUUCCGGGUUAUUUAUGCUAUUAUGCAAUAAAUACAGAAAGGCUUGG